CAACAACAAUAACAAUAGAGUAAUAACAAAACUAAUGAUAACACAAAAGCCCAAAUCAAAUUGGAAUAUGCGGAAUGAAAAAGCUCAUCCAGUUGAUAAACUUAUAUGACAAAGAUUGGCCUGGAUCACAGAUACUUUUGUGGGUUGCAGGUAGCACAUAUACCGGCUGGUAAAUGAUAGUUUCUAAACGAUAAGCGCAACCCAUAGCCCGCGCCACCCAAAUCGUUGGCUGAUAAGAGCUGCUGCUACAGCUGGCGACGGCAGAACAAGUUAAAUAGGCUUCGCUCCGCAGAGAGCCACAACAGUCAUCAGUUGUGAGACACACGCGGAGCAAAACAGACGCAAAAAUCGGCGAGUCGAGCAGGAAGCACAAUAACACAAAUGAAUGAAGAAGCUCUGCGAGACGAACGGACAAGUGCAAGAAACGGAAUGGCCCCACCCACUGUUUUGGUCACCGGAGGAGCCGGCUACAUUGGUUCCCACACUGUACUGGAGAUGCUCAACGCGGGCUACAACGUCAUCUGUGUGGAUAACCUGUGCAAUGCCUACAGCAGUGGUGCCGCCAAGCUGCCAGAGGCCCUGAGCCGCGUCCAGGACAUCACCGGCAAGAAGGUUCACUUCUAUCGUGUGGACAUCACCGAUCGAGAGCAAGUGCGCUCCGUUUUCCAGGAGCACAAAAUCGACAUGGUGGCCCAUUUUGCUGCCUUGAAGGCUGUGGGCGAAUCCUGUCGCAUCCCACUCCAGUACUAUCACAACAACAUGACCGGCACCAAUGUCCUGUUGGAGGCGAUGGCUGAUAACAAUGUGUUCAAGUUCGUCUACAGCUCCAGUGCUACUGUUUACGGUGAGCCGAAAUUCCUGCCCGUGACCGAGGAACACCCCACUGGCAACUGCACAUCGCCCUACGGCAAGACGAAGUACUUCACCGAAGAGAUCCUCAAGGAUCUCUGCAAGUCAGAUAAGCGCUGGGCCGUGGUUUCGUUGCGUUAUUUCAAUCCGGUGGGCGCCCACAUAAGUGGAAGGAUUGGGGAGGAUCCUAACGGCGAGCCCAACAAUCUGAUGCCUUACAUUGCACAAGUGGCCGUGGGUCGCCGUCCCAGCCUGAGUGUAUACGGCAGCGACUUUCCCACGAAGGACGGCACUGGUGUUCGUGAUUACAUUCACAUCGUUGACUUGGCCGAGGGCCAUGUAAAGGCUUUGGACAAGCUGCGAAACAUUGCGGAGACGGGUUUCUUUGCCUAUAACCUGGGCACUGGAGUCGGAUAUUCCGUGUUGGACAUGGUAAAGGCGUUUGAGAAGGCUUCCGGAAAGAAGGUCACCUACGCGCUAGUUGAUAGACGAUCCGGAGAUGUGGCUACCUGCUACGCGGACGCCAAAUUGGCUGAGCAGAAGCUGGGAUGGAAGGCAACCCGUGGCAUUGACAAAAUGUGCGAGGACACGUGGCGCUGGCAAAGUCAAAAUCCCAACGGUUACGCCAACAAGUAGUUUCUUUCCUUUAUUUUUUUUUGUUGUAUCUUGCCUUUGUUCCUGCUGCUCGCAAGUUCCUCGCCUGCUCGCAGAUUCCGGCUUGAAUUUUAGCCACAUCUAGUUGCUAAUUCAGGUAUACCUAUUCUUCCUCGUGUCUAGUUGUGUAUAUUUCUUUCCAAAUUCCAUGUAGUAGCCAUUACUUUUGAUGUUUUUAAGUGUGUAUAUGUAAAUCCAAAGUACUUUAUAAUUAAAAAAAAAAGGCCUGUCGCUGUCGUCAUGUAA